AAUUUAAUAUCUAAUUUUGAAGAUUGCUUAUAAACAAAAAUCAUCUUUAUAAAUUAUUUUCAUUAAUUAUAUUACAUUAUAAUAACGUUUAUUGUAACAUACCGAAUUCUAUCACAGCUCAUAAUUAUCUUUUAAAUUUUUAAAUAUUGUAAACGUUAAUUUAUUUAGUGAUUUGAAUUAUUAUCAUGUGUUACAGUUAUGUAUCCCAGUUGUCGGGUUAUAAAAAAUGUCAAAAGAAAAUUGCUAUUUUUGCUUUUGAUUUUAAAUAAAUAUUUGUUAACUGUUAACAAAUAUUUAUUAACAUUUAAUAAAUCGUAUUUAAUAAAUAAUUGAUUAACUGGUAAUAAAUAUAUAUUAAAUCCCAUGAUGUUAAAAAAUCACUUAUUAACAGUUAAUAAAGCUCAUUAAAUGUAUAAACAAAUCCUUCUAUCAAUAUCACUGUAACUAUACGGAAAUCAUAUAUGAAUCAUAUAUAACUAUAAAUGAAUCAUAUAUAAUUAUAUAUGCAUUUUGUGAUUAUUAUAAAAUGUUCUCUAUUUUCAUCUCAGAGUCUGCUACUCCAAUGAUUAAUAAUCUUUUAAACUAUAGUUUUUUGUGGAUGAAAUAAUGGAACUGUAUUAAUUAAUUUAACUUAUGAAAAUCGAUUAUAUAUUCGAUUCUCAUUAGUUGUAGAUAUUUCAAACUUUACUAUUUCAGUAAGUCUUGUAGGCACUCGGGUAGUGUGUUAGUUUUUAAAUCGUCAGGUCCCCGGUUCGAUCCCCGCUCACGGUAAAUUUUUUUUAUUUUUAUAGAAAUAAUUAUAUAUAAUUAUAUCUAAUUAUAUAUGAUUAUGUAUGAUUAGAUCUGGCCAAUUUUCAGGUCUAAUUAUAUAUAAGUGAUUAUAUAUAACUAUAUAUGAUUAGGCAAAUUCAUUUUUUCCCGGGUUGGAAAGGUUUAAAAAAUUAAAAAAAAAGUUUUUAUAUAAAAUUUUUAUUAUAAAAAUUUAAUUUUUUACUAGCUCUAGCCCGCGACUUCGCUCGCAUGCUAAAUGGCGUUGAAGUAGCUAGAUUUUGAAAUUUUUCGACAAACAAUUUUUUUAUUUUUCGUAAAAAAUAAAUUUUUUUUUUCUAAAUAAAAAGUAUCCUAUGUUACUUCUAAUACAUCCAAGAAUAUGGGUACAAAGUUUCAUGAUGAUCGGUUGAGUAGUUUUCGCGUUAAAGCGUAACAAACAAACUUACAUUCACAUUUAUAAUAUUAGUAGGGAAGUGGGGAUUCCUAUUUUUCGCAGAAGAAACCGAGCUUGUAAUGACAUUGUACAUCAUCCAUUCCCAAUUUAUUUAACAAACUACCACACUUUUGAUAGCUAGGGGAGCUCGGUUGUCGUUAACUGUUAACAAAUAUUUAUUUAAAAAUCUCCAAGACAAAAAUUUCGUUCCUGAAGUAACUCAUUUUCUAAAAGUCAGUAGGAUAUAGCCUAAAUUUUCUUAAUGUCAUCUACAGCGAUAGUCGUUCUUAUUUAACUAAUUCGGAACAGAUAUACCAACACAAGGCCGAUGUUACUUAGCCCGAUAUUGAUAGUAGCUAUGCUGAGUUUUGGGUAUUUCCCAAUGGAAACAAAUUAUCGUGGGUGGAUAUCAUUGUAUAAUAGAAAUUACCGGAUGCUUAAUGAGAUAAAGUAUAGCGAAAUCAAUUAAAACAGAACUGAGGGUGCUUCAUUCAGUUUUGGACAGCAGAACCGCGAUGUCGCCAAAAAAAAUAGUGACCUUCCUGUGGGUUGUCAUUCUGGGUGUUGCAUGGAUCGAGGCAAGGCCAGAAAAGGAUACGACCUUUCUUGAUUUGAUUCGUUCAAUACCCAAAACACUCGCUUCGAUAGCUAAUAAAUUGACAUUACGAUCGCCGACAAUUGCAACACCUGCUAAAAAUCUAACGUCGGGGGAAGACUUUUCCGACGAUACAUCGCCAUCUUUAAUGUCUACUAUGGAAGAUAAAUACACUGAAGAAACAACGCUGUACGUAACGUCUACUAUGGAAGAUAAUGAGACUGAAGAAACAACGCUGAACGUAACGUCUACUAUGGAAGAUAAUUACACUGAAGAAACAACGCUGAACGUAGAUUCUACUAUGGAAGAUAAUAACACUGAACAAAAAACGCUGAACGUAACAUCUACUAUGGAAGAUAAUGAGACUGAAGAAACAACGCUGAACGUAACGUCUACUAUGGAAGAUAAUUACACUGAAGAAACAACGCUGAACGUAGAUUCUACUAUGGAAGAUAAUAACACUGAACAAAAAACGCUGAACGUAACAUCUACUAUGGAAGAUAAUGAGACUGAAGAAACAACGCUGAACGUAACGUCUACUAUGGAAGAUAAUGACACUGAAGAAACAACGCUGAACGUAACGUCUACUAUGGAAGAUAAUUACACUGAAGAAACAACGCUGAACGUAACGUCUACUAUGGAAGAUAAUUACACUGAAGAAACAACGCUGAACGUAACGUCUACUAUGGAAAAUAGCUUCUCUGAAGUAACUUUGUCAUCACCAACGCCAUCUGAUGAAGACUUCUACUCAGAGGAACCUGCAUUAUCAUCAACUCCAACUGUUACAGAACAAUCUACUUCGAAGAAAGAUGAACUCGCUGCAGAAUCUAUGUUAACUAUGCUAGUUAGUUGCGUCAGUGUUGGUGUCAUUGUAUCGCUCGCCGCACUUGCUGUUGAGGUUAAAAAAUAUUAUUCCUCGCGUAGAUUAUCCUAUCCACCUAGCGUAAUAGAUCAAACUACGGUAGAAUUGCAAAUAAUGCAUCCAAUUUCUUAA